GCGUCGCGCGGAGACGCGCUCGGGGAUGGCGACCAAGAAGCUGGCGCGACAGCUUGGAUUAAUUAGGAGAAAGUCAAUUGCACCUGCAAAUGGAAGUCCCAGAGGAAGCAAAUCCACUGUUUGACUACUUAAUUGUCAUUGAUUUUGAGUCGACAUGCUGGAAUGAUGGGAAACGCCACCUUAGCCAGGAAAUAAUUGAGUUUCCAGCAGUAUUGCUGAACACAUCAACUGGAGAAAUUGAAUCUGAGUUCCAUGCUUAUGUUCAGCCUCAGGAACAUCCAAUUCUUUCUGAAUUUUGUAUGGAACUGACAGGAAUCAAACAGGCUCAAGUUAAUGAAGGGUUCCCUCUGAAGAUUUGCUUAUCUCAGUUCUGUAAAUGGAUUCACAAAAUUCAGCAACAGAAGAAAAUUAUAUUUGCUACUGAUGUUUCAGAUCUUUCUACUUCUGAAGUAAAAUUAUGUGCUUUUGUUACAUGGUCAGACUGGGACUUGGGGGUUUGCUUGGAGUAUGAGUGUAAAAGAAAGCAGCUGUUAAAGCCGGUGUUCUUAAAUUCUUGGAUUGAUCUCAGAGUGACUUACAAGAUUUUCUAUAAGAGAAAACCAAAAGGACUAAGUGGUGCCCUAAAGGAAGUAGGGAUAGAAUUCUCAGGACGAGAACAUUCUGGGUUGGAUGAUUCUCGCAAUACUGCCCUUCUUGCCUGGAAAAUGAUUAGGGAUGGUUGUGUAAUGAAAAUUACAAGGUGUUGGAACAAGGUACCCCCUAAAAAGAAUUCCAACAUUUUGGCCAGAAAUUUGACUACAAAUCAAGUUGAAGAAACAUCAGCCUGUAAAAGUAAUAUUUCGGACCCUAGCACAUAUGUUAGGGAGUCUAAAGACACAGUAAGUUCUCAUGAAAAAGUUCAAAUGAAGUCAGUUGAUGUGAAUUCUCCUAUAAAGGUACAGCAAGAUGAGUUACGACUAAAAAGCAAUAUAAAAACAAGUAUUCAUGAUGUCAACAAUAGUUUAUCUCUCUUAAAUACUAAGUCCUCUACUUCUCUCAGGCAGUUUCAGACUUCCAGCUUGAAUUCACCUAUACAUAUGCAGAAGCAAACAAAAAAUGAACAUCUGAUUUUAAAUAACAAAUCUAAGUCUUCAACAACAGGUUCAGAAUUGGUACUUGUUUCAACUACCAUUUCAUCUGUUAAUCAUGUUUCUGACAUGAAAAUGAGUUCUACCCUUGACUGUUUACCUCUGUUGGCUGACUGGGAGGAUGUAGCUUUACUGCCCGCAUCUCAGCCUGAGCAAAAUGUAGACUAUAUACCUCCCAUUAGUGACUCAAACUUAGGUCCUUCAUUUAAUUCUGGAGAAAGAACAAUGGGUUCAAAAGAAUCUAAAAUGUCAAAUCAUGGAAAUUUUGGAGGCACAGAAAAAAUUCAAAAAUCUGAGACCACUAAGUCUAUUGUAUUUAAGAGCCCUCAUACAACUAUCUAUAAUGUAAAAGAAGCCAAAGAUCAAGGUUCUGAUGAUUCUGACUUCAAAUUACCUGAGUGUAAAUCAAGCACUUUUAACGGUGUUCAUGCCACCAUGUCUCAUUCCUCAGUUUUGGGGAAACAUCCUCCUCUUUUCAGUGGCACUAAAAGAUACUCAUCCAGUUCCCUAGUUUUCCCACCAGCGAAAAAGCAGACCUUCACUGUUCAUGAAGAAAAACCUACAUCAUCUCACAGCUCCCACGGAAGCGGUUCUUCCCGGAAGGUUCUCCCUGCUGUCUUAACUUCUGCAGUUAACCUACAGGAGCCCUGGAGGAGCGGGAAGAUGACACCACCAUUAUGCAAGUGUGGCCGGAGAUCUAAGAGGCUUGUUGUUUCUAACAAUGGACCGAAUCAUGGAAAAGUUUUCUAUUGUUGCCCUAUUGGGAAACAUCAAGAAAACAAGAAGUGUUGUGGUUAUUUCAAAUGGGAACAUACGCUUAAAAAGGAAAAAGCCAGUAACUUAAUUUUGUCUCACUCUUCAGGGGGACUCACUGUUACUUCUCCAGAAGCAAGCUAUCUGUGUGACAGAAAUGUAAGCUUUCCUACAAAAAAUUCACUGAGACUCAGACCUUCAAUGAGGAAUUGACCAAGUUUAAUAUCUAAAUUUUGCUGUAAUGUGACUUUAAGUGUCAUAAAGACAAGUAUAAAGGCUACAAGUUCUGAGUUCUUAAGAGUAGAUUCUGUAGCCUGUGGUGGCGCUAUUUGAAAUGUAUGUGUGUGUGCGUGCUACAGACUGAAAAUAAACACAGGCUUCUAAUUCACUUACCAGUUAUCUAACAUGUGUCUUCAUGUAUGAAUCCUAGUUUUUCCUCAAAUUCCCAAAUACUGUGAGUAUUGUGACAGAUUUUUACUAUUUUUAUUUCAUGUUAGUAUUUGCUGAACUUAUCAACCCUUUAAGAAUCACAAAAGAGUAUCUUAUGUUU